AUGCCUAUGCAGACGAAGCGCACCAAGAAGGCCGGAAUCGUUGGCAAAUAUGGAACUAGGUAUGGUGCUAGCUUGCGUAAGCAAAUCAAGAAGAUGGAGGUGUCUCAACAUUCCAAGUACUUCUGCGAGUUCUGUGGGAAGUUUGCUGUGAAGAGGAAAGCAGUUGGAAUUUGGGGAUGCAAGGAUUGCGGGAAGGUCAAGGCUGGUGGUGCUUAUACCAUGAACACUGCUAGUGCGGUCACCGUCAGGAGCACAAUCCGUCGCUUGAGGGAGCAGACUGAAGCGUGAUUGUAGUUCUCUUCAGGAGUCGUGGGGUUUUGUAGUCGAGUCAAGACUUGGAAUCAGUAUAUUGUGGCUAUUUGGCCGAAGAGCAUCCUCCAGUAAUUUUGGCUUAUGCUUUAGUAUCUCUAAAAGUAUGUUGCUAUGAUUUGUACUUGGUUGCCGUUACAAAAUUGACCAGUGAUCUGUGAUCCUAUGCUCACUUUCAUGA